UGUUGGACAGGAGUUUAAUCGCUGGAAGCCGUUUUAAUUUAAAAAAGAAAACAAAAAACUAAAAAUGCUGUGAGCUUAAACUGAGCAUCCCUCCUCUUGCCCCUCGGCGGUGUUUUGGACCCUGUGAGCGGCGUUGCUCCGCUCCCCGGUGCUUAGUGGUGAUCAUGUUCAUGCUGGUGGAGAUGGUGGACACUGUUCGGAUCCUGCCGUCUGAUUUCGAGAAACAGUUGAACGAUGCCGUAGCGGAGGAGCUGAACAAAAAGCUGGCCAACAAGGUGGUCUACAAUGUGGGUCUCUGCAUCUGUUUGUAUGACAUCACCAAGCUGGAAGACUCGUAUAUUUUCCCCGGUGAUGGCGCCUCGCACACUAAAGUCCACUUCCGGUUUGUCGUCUUCCACCCGUUCCUCGAUGAGAUCCUCAUCGGGAAGAUCAAAUACUGCAGUCAGGAGGGAGUUCAUGUGACAAUGGAUUUCUUCGAUGACAUUCUGAUUCCACCAGAGUCUCUUCAGCAACCUGCCAAAUUUGAUGAAGCAGAGCAGGUUUGGGUCUGGGAGUACGAGACGGACGAGGGAGCGCACGACCUUUACAUGGACCAGGGAGAGGAGAUCCGCUUCAAGGUGGCAGACGAGGUGUUUGUGGACACGUCGCCAACGGGGCCGACCGUCGCCACGUCUGAUACUCCUGCACAACCUGGACAAUCGACUGCACCGCCUGCAGAAGAGAGUGCAGAGAAAAAAGAGGCUCCGUACACGCUGAUCGGGACCAUCUGUGAACCCGGACUGGGGCUGCUGUCCUGGUGGAACAGCUAGCACCACAGAGGAGGAACACAGUCAGUGAGCAGAUGGAGCUCUGCAGCUGAUCUGCAGGGACUGUAAACAGGAAUCUGACCAUUGGAGCUGCUUUCUGAUGCAGAUGUUAACCCAUUAUACUGUCAUUGUUUCUAUGUUCUUUCUAUGCUCCAGUAUGUAUGUAUUUAUUAAGAGAACAUUUCUAUUCAUUUGAUUUAUACAAAAUAGGUUAAAAAUAAAGCCAGUUUUAGUUUAUUUUUGUUAAAUAUCAGCCACAUCUAUAGACCAUUCUGUUAAAUAUGUGUAAAAAAGGCUUUAAAAUAUUUCACUGCAGCAGGAUUCCUCUCAUCAACGUUUUUCCAGAGUCCUGGGUUUUCUAUAAUGUGCUUUCCUCUUCAGCUUAGCCUACAGCUUGUCUGUUGGUUUUCACAGAAUUUAGGUCUGGGAGCUGAGAUCUAAAAUCAUUUUCUAUCUUAAAAACCAUCUCUGUGAAAUUUCUCACAUGAAAGAAAGUUUUGGGGAAAGAACAUGGUUCCAGUUAAAGUCCCAGAGGAGUUUGGGGGAUCUUUUUGUGUUUACAUUUGCCAUGGCAGGACAUAAACAGCUUUCCUACAGCUGGUUGGAACAUAUUACUAUGCUGCAGAAAGGAUUAUCAUCCAGUUUAGAAGCUGGUGUCUAAAAUGAACAGCCCUGUUUGUCAUGUUAAAUGAAUACUGCAGUGAGAAAGGAAGUUGUGAGGUAACAUUUAGAGAUCCUCAAAGAAGUACCGGUAAUUAAUAAACUAAGAGAAGUUAUUUUAUAAGGAAUGUUAAGGAGACUAAUAACUAUUGCAUUAGUGGUUCCUAAAAAAUUCCUAAAUUCUGGAUUUUAUUUCAUUUCCAAUCUGGAUAUGGAAAAUGUGAAUUCUUUAUAUGGGUAAAAAAGGUUAGUUUGUGUGCUUUGUUUCUUUUUCUAUUAGCUGACUGAUAAAAAAAGUUAAUUAGUGUUGUAUUUAUCCUUACUUGGCCACAAAGAAGAGAGUUUUCGCUCACUUUGUUGAUAUUUUUGGUUUUAUUGUUCCCAACAGAUAAAAGCACUGAAUAAAAGUUUUUUUCACAGAUUUUUGAGACCUUUUACGUCUCUGAUGUUAAACUAGGCCCAAUGUUAACAUUCCUUUUUAUGAGAUUCAAUUACAGCUAUUUUCAAGGAUCUUUUUUUUAAUUAUGGGUUUUUGGUCCAGAGUUUUGAAAUUGAUAACAGCCCGAUUAGCUGGAUAAAUGUUAUGUACUCAAAUGGCCUUAAUUUAAGCUAAAAAUAUUAAUUUUGAAUUUAAGCAUUUCCAAAAAAAAAAAAAUCCUUAUUUUCCCAUCUACUAAAUAGAUCUAUUUUAAUUAAAGGUUUGUUAUUUUCUAACUUUGUGACGUGUGAUUAUUCUGCUGCAGUAAAGCCUUAUUUCAUUCUAGGGUCUUUUACUAGGGGUGCUAUUAAAUGGUAUUUUAAAACUGACAUUUUAAAACACAUGAGGAGAUACUUGGUGGACAUAAACUCAUCUUUGGCCGAACUGUUUUAUUGUCCAGAUCCAAUCACCAGCAAAACGACAAAGAUUUAACUGCAAGUCAAGCCAGUAAUUUAUUCCGGUCACUUUCUUCUGCAACUUAUUUUCCGUUUGUGUUCUUGGAAAGAGGUGGGUCACUAGAGGACGUAGCUUCUCUGUCACUUUUAUAAUAUUGAUAGAAAAAUUACAAAUUGAUGCAUUUUAGAGGAGCUUUUCAGCUCCUGUUUUUCAG